GCACGUUAGAGUGACGCGUCCUCCCAUCAGUUGUUAUUGUUUUGCUGUAUGGAGCCUGCAAGUUAAUAUUCAGAUUAACAGUACCGUCGUUGUGUGUCACAGAAAAACGACACGAUCGGUACCGUUGAUCUCGUCCACGAUUUAAAGCGAUCGAGCGAUCGUUCGCUGUCGUCGCUUGUAUGCGUACCAUCCGGGGCUAGUCCGUCCGGACAUUCCUCUCCCCGAGGACUGUGAGCGUGGCGUUUGGAGUCGGGGCAGAGGAGGAGGGGAAAGCGGGGGUGCCCCCCGGUGUGUGGAUCGAGCCAAGCCCGAGGCCUCUGAGCUUAGCCGGUGAGAGGACAGGGAAAAGUGGCGGCUCAGAUGGAUUCGCAAGACGAAGGGGACGGCGGCCCCGAGAUGCUCCGAGGCUUCAUCUGCGCCUCGUUUAACCAGGACACCACCUCCUUGUCAGUAGGCACCAAAACCGGCUACCGUCUCUUCUCUGUCACCGCUGUGGACAAACUGGACUGCAUCCACGAGGGAGUGGAGUGUUCCGACGUUUGCAUCGUGGAGCGGCUGUUCUCCAGCAGCCUGGUGGUAGUGGUGAGCCAAUCCAUGCCGCGGCGGAUGAACGUCUAUCACUUCAAGAAAGGUACCGAAAUCUGCAACUACAGCUACACCAACAACAUCCUCUCCGUCAGGCUCAACAGGCAGCGACUGGUGGUUUGCCUGGAGGAGUCCAUUUACAUCCACAAUAUCAAGGACAUGAAACUUCUCAAGACUCUGCUCAACACGCCCACAAACCCGUCAGGUCUCUGCGCCCUUUCCGUUAAUCACGGCAACUCUUUCUUGGCAUACCCCGGUAGCGCCACGAUUGGCGAGAUCACAGUGUAUGACGCAAACAAUCUGAGCACCGUGACGCUGAUCCAAGCUCACGCCAGUCCUCUGGCGGCGCUCACCUUCAACACCUCCGGCACCAAACUAGCUAGCGCCUCGGAGAAGGGCACCGUUAUCAGGGUGUUCAGUAUUCCAGAAGGACAGAGGCUGUUUGAAUUCAGGCGAGGGAUGAAAAGAUAUGUUAGUAUUAGUUCGCUGUCCUUCAGUGCCGAUGCUCAGUUCCUGUGUGCCUCCAGCAACACUGAGACAGUUCACAUCUUCAAACUGGAACAGCACAGCCCCAGUCACGAGGAGGAGUCUCCCACAUGGUCUGCGUACGUGGGCAAAAUGUUCACAGCCGCUAGCACCUACUUGCCGGCUCAGGUGUCCGACAUGAUGCAUCAGGACCGCGCCUUCGCCACCGUGCGGCUCAACAUGUUCGGCCUGAAGAACAUCUGCGCGCUGGCUACGAUUCAGAAGUUGCCUCGCCUGCUCGUGGCGUCCUCGGACGGCCAUCUUUAUAUCUAUAAUGUCGAUCCGCAAGAUGGAGGCGAAUGUACGCUGGUGCAAAAACACAGGUUGUUUGACGACAGCGAGGAGCAGGUGGAAGAAAAGGAAGAGGAGACGCCCGCAGAGGUCUCCAACCAACCGGCCGGCCAAUCGUACGCAGCCACCGUGGGACUUCCCUCCAGCCCGCCCUGCUCUGCCACACUCUUGGGAUACUCCGAGGAAGGGGGAGCCCAGAAGGGAGACGUCAUCCCAGAGCACGAGUUCGCCGAGAGCCCCGUGCGUCUGGAUGAUGAAAAUGAAUUUCCUCCAGUCAGUAACUAGAAUAACUCAACACUACUGAUUCCUGAGAUAAGGGGGAGGGGCUUAAAAAGCAGAUUCUUCCUUCCACACAUAACCCCUGCAGGUCAAGGGGACCAAUCUUACCAGAAACAUACGAGAAGCGCUGACCUUCUGAGUAGGUCAACAUUCCCCAAAGUGGACCUUGUAUGUUGUUCUGCUUAUGAGAAUAAAAAUAGUAGAAGUGGUAGAAUGACACUAAUAACGCCGUAGGGUAUAAAGUUUUAUGAGAAAAAUAACACUACAAUUAUGUGGGAGAUGAUUGAAAAAGAAUCAUGUUAUCAAACAAAGGAAAGAAAACAAAAUUUUAAAGUAGCUUUUGUGCAGAGUUGUCCUGCUGAAAACAAAACCAAAGGAUGUGUCUGAAAAUCUUCUCACUGGCGGUUGUUGAUUUUUUUUUUUUUUAAUAAUAUUUCUACGCAAAAGGCUUCUUGCAAAUUAUCUAAUUGUUCCAGUUGAAGUCUGCAAGAGUUUGGAUGUUUGACACGCGUUGUUUGUUUGUAUUCGCUUCCGUACGGGCAUUUUGAAUUAACAAAAGCCUCGCCGUUUCAAAUAAGCACAUUUCAAUCUUUGAAAUAUUGUAUAACUUAAGGAUGCAACUGUGAUAUGAAAGCAGAGACACUUAAAAGAUUCUCCGGUAUGUAAAAUGAGAAUUUCUCACAUGAAGGAGCCAAUGGUUAAAUGUGAAUCGCUUAAUCAACACAACAAAAGGACGGACGGGUCCUUGAAUUUCAAGAUGGUUAUUUUUAUUCUACAAUAACGCAAAAUGACCAUGCAUAUUUUAAAGAUUUUUUUUUAAUUUGAUGUAAAAUGUGUAUAUACCAUACAGAAGUUAGAGACUUUUUGUGAGUCGUGCUUACAGAUGAUAUUGAAUUUUGCCAAAAAGUGGCGCUGUUGGGACACCUUCAGCUAUUGUAUACAGACAAUGAAGAAACAAUAAAGAGUGAGAAUCAAUUCA